AUGGCACAUGGACCAAGUGAAUUCGUGGGUGCAGAGAAGCAGGUUUCAGAGAGAAAAGGACAUCAUAGGACUGAAAAUGAGAUUAGAGAAGAGAAUGCCAUGGAUAGAGAUGUGGUUAGAGACAUACAAGAACGCUUUCGUGGGGGAUGUGGUGAAGAAGAAGUCAGAAGUGAAAGUGACGAACCGGAUUUCGCAAGAAUCGAGAAUCUGAAGAUCCAGGGACAACAUACAACGGCAACAUCCUCAGAUAUGCCGCUGAUAGUUUCGGGACGUAAAGCAGCAAGGUCAUUGAGACUAUUUCGCGGGGAUGGAAAUCGUGAUAUCGAGAGUUUGAUAGAGAUGCCCACGCCAGAGGCCGACAAUAAACCGCAAGAGGUAGCGCACGAGGCCAUCGCUAACGGCGGAGGAGGGAAUAAUAAUACUGAAGCUGGGGCAUCAAAAAUAAGGAUAUCACCUGAAUCAAACACUCCAGUAAUUGGUAAACUUCCUGAGAAUGAUGCAAGUAAAAUAGUUGGAUUGGAACCAGUGUCGUCGGCGACAUAUUUUCCCCAUACUCCAGCUGAUCAGAAAUAUAUCCAGUAUACCAUAGUUGAUGCAGAUGGAACAUCUACCAAGACACGACACUUGACAGCUGAUUUGGAGUUUGACCAUUCUAGUGAUGGUGAUAUUACCAAAAUUCAAAAGUAUGUCGGCCAUAAAGACGAUAUUGACCAUGUACAGAAUUUGGAUUCCACGAAAAUAAAAAACAAACAUCACGAUAAUAACAAAUCAGUAAAGUUUGGUACUAAUCAGUUCUAUAGCCCAAAUGUUAAAGAGCAAGAUCAAGUUACACAAGCAUCAGAAAAUGACAAGAUCGAGGAAGAUGAGGUUGAAGGCUUGGCUGACUUGACGAUAGAUGAAGAAGUGUUUCCAUUGGCGGUAGAAUUAAGACCGUUCAAAAAUAAAGUAGGGGGACAUACUGCAAUUUUUCGAUUUUCACGUAAAGCAGUAUGCAAAGCAUUAAUGAAUCGAGAAAAUUUAUGGUACGAGGUAGUAGAGUUAAGACUCCCCGAACUAUUGAGGUUCAUGCCAAAAUAUAUUGGUGUUUUGAAUGUCAGGUAUUCAAGUAUAAUCACUGAAGAUCCGACGAGUCAAGCACCCUCAAGGAAGAAUAGCAUGGUUGAAGAAAAUAUGAAUAAUAAGAAGAAAGAUUUUAAUUUUGGAAAUAUGUUGAUUAAUGAAGACGACGAGUUACCUCCAGAAGUUGUACUUGAUGAUAAUAAACAUAUCAUACCAGAUUUAUUGUGGAAGCAAUAUUCUACAUCAGCCCCAUCACCUAACGGAUCAUUAAUUCAGAAGCAGAACAGUGGUACUUCAUUAGAGACAUCUCCAUUUAAGAAUUCUGUAUCGUCAUCUAACACAUCAGUCACAAACUUUUUCCCAGCAUCUCCAAGGAAUAAUGAAGUUUGGUCUACAUCAGUUAACAAAGACUUGCAAGUACAAGUAAUCCAAGAAGUGUUUUCAUCUUCCCAUAAGAAAAAGAAAUCAGAGACAGGUGAUGAAAUAUUUUGUAUGGAUGAUGAAAAUGCCAUCGUUGACUUAGAUAGCAGUCAGUACUCCCAAGGAGAUGACGAUUUCACAGAAGAAAGGCGACAACAUCCGGCGCGUCGUAGCUCGUCCAUAUCGUCACCCAGACAUAAUGGACAAAUGCUAAGGAAACACACGAGGUUUGAAAGAUUUAUUUUAUUAGAGGACUUGACGGCGGAUAUGCAAAAGCCAUGUGUUCUUGAUUUGAAAAUGGGCACGAGACAAUAUGGUGUUGAGGCUAAUCCAGCCAAGCAGAAAUCACAGCGCAAUAAAUGUUUGAACACAACUUCAAGAUCUCUUGGGGUCAGAAUUUGUGGAUUACAAGUAUGGAACUUACGACACGAAAGCUAUUACAUCAAGGAUAAAUAUUUUGGAAGAAAGGUCACUAAGGGUAAGGAUUUCAGCAAGGUUUUGUCGAAGUUUUUGUAUGAUGGAAGGCUGAUAUAUUCGAUUCUCAGCAAAAUACCUAAGCUAAUUGUUCAAUUGCAAGAAUUAUAUGAAAUCUUCAAGACUCUUGUCGACUACCGCAUGUAUGGAUCAUCGAUUUUGUUAAUGUAUGACGGCAUCGACAAUAUGGACGAUAUCAAAGUAAGAAUUAUAGACUUUGCACAAUCAGUCAUUGCCGGGGAAAGCCUUCCACAGUCCACCACAAUCCCGCCUAAGAAUACUGGGUUACCGGACAGAGGAUAUUUGCGAGGCUUAAACUCUCUCAUAGGAUAUUUCAAGACGAUAUUCAGGAUUUUGUCCGGGGUAGAAUAUGUCCUGUUUGAAGAGUCGAAAAACUUAGUUGAAACGAAGAAGGAAGACUUCCAGAAAACGGCAAAUAAGUGGUUGGAUGAAUACGUCGAUAACUCUAGCGAUUCCUCAGACGACUUUGGGGACCAGUUUGAAUGCGAGUAUCCCGACUACAACUAUUCUGACGAAGGAGGAAUAUCUGAAUAA